ACUUGUGACAGAAAAGAAAGAAUACUGCAAACAGAGGAAAAAGCCAAACCCCCUCAGGGCUCUUCCUUGCUUGCUUAAUUGAAAUAUCUUGGAGGAAAUCUAAGCCCCCCCUCCCCUUUCUGUCUCUCUGCGUAUGAAGGAAUUAGGGAAAAUGCCUAGACCAGGCCCAAGACCUUAUGAGUGUGUUAGGAAAGCUUGGCACAGCGAUAGACACCAGCCCAUCAGAGGUUCUCUCAUUCAAGAAAUUUUCAGGGUUGUCGAAAAGGUUCAUAGCUCAGCUACGAAGAAGAACAAAGAAUGGCAGGAGAAGCUCCCUAUUGUUGUGCUCAAAGCAGAAGAGAUUAUGUACUCCAAAGCCAAUUCCGAGGCUGAAUACAUGGACCUUAAAACGUUGUGGGACCGAGCGACUAACGCCAUUAAUACAAUUAUUAGGCGUGAUGAGAGUACAGAAAAUGGAAAGUUUCUCCAGCCAUGUAUUGAAGCUGCUCUAAAUUUGGGCUGCACCCCAAGAAGAGCAUCAAGGAGCCAGCGGAAUUGCAACCCGAAGUGUUACUUAACUCCCAGUAUUCAAGAAACCCUCCAUAUUUCUUCCAGAACUGUUGAGAAUGCUUGUCAAGGGAAUCAUACCACCAAUUUACAGUACUUGUCACGCUGUCCGAAACUCGUGAAUCCUGCCUCUCUGAUUCCAACCAGUCCGAGCAAUUUUAUUCAUAACAUCGAUUAUGCGUCUAACAAGUAUCCCUUUGCAUCUGAGAAUGUUCUGCCUUCUUGUAACAUCCCCAGUCUACCUAUGGAAAGCUAUCUGGCGUCAAAUUUUUGUUCAGUUUAUCCCUUGUGUUAUGUUAACGACUGCCCAUUCGAAGAAUCCCAGCAUGUUUUUGGAAUCCUCCCUAAAAUGGAUUCCAACACUUCGGACCAUGCCCAGGUGGGUAUUGAGAACCUCUUUUCAUGUAAUGUAAAUGCUUCAUAUCAGAUGAUCGAAACUAAUUCAAGUGGAACUCCUGAGAAACUAUGUAAGAUUGGUUGUGAUCUAUCAUUGCGGUUGGGCCCUGUGUCUGAUACAUGCCCGAGUGUUGGAAACAGUAAGGUCCAACUACAAGAUGUUGAAGAUGGUAAUUCUCCAAAUGGAAGAAAAUUUUGUUAUCAAGCACCAGAAGUGGAUAAAAAACUCUCUCUCUUUCCCGGGAAAUAUGUGCAUGGACCAUUAGACUUGUGUUCAAGAAAAUGGAUUUAUGAUGGCGAAAGAAAUGUAGAAGAAACAACGAGAAAGAGAAAGGCAGCAGAGGAUCUGUCGGCAGCCAAAGCUUCCAUGUAGUCACCUAACUGGAAGUAUGAGAAAUGCAGGUUCGUAGACCAGUUCAAAGUAUGUUGUUUAAGAUCUUGGUGUGGAAACUGCCUCUUGCAAUCUUUAUAUGGUUAAAUUAGAUAGUGACGAGUUGCUUAUUUGCAAUGAUGCAGCAUUUGUAAAAAUGUAAACAGACUCAGUUUAAAUUAGAUGUACGCGAUGGAUAAUCUAACUGCAGAGGCCUUUUAAUAUGCAAUGUACAGAAGAGUCUUGUAUGGCU